GCAAUAUUGUAAUUGAACGCCAUAUUGGUGGUUUCCGUAAUUUCUCUACAAGAAUUUUCCGCAUUCUCAUUUUUUUCACCGCCGCUGUUAGACACAGUUUGAGUGUUUUUAAAAGACGUGAAUAUAUAGCUCAUUGUAAAAAAAAGUAAAAUUAAUAAGUAAAAUGGGCGUGCAAGUAGUACCUAUUUCUCCCGGUGAUGGUAGUACAUUCCCUAAAACUGGACAGGUGGUGUCUGUGCAUUACACUGGAACAUUAGACAAUGGCACUAAGUUCGAUUCUUCUCGUGACCGCAAUAAGCCUUUCAAAUUUACACUUGGCAGAGGUGAAGUAAUUCGUGGUUGGGAUGAAGGUGUUGCCCAGCUUUCUGUCGGUCAGCGCGCUAAACUCAUCUGCUCGCCGGAUUAUGCCUACGGUAGUCGGGGACACCCAGGCGUUAUUCCACCAAAUGCUACUUUAACUUUUGAUGUUGAAUUAUUAAAAGUCGAGUAAACAGGUCCAGUAACUAAACAAUACGCUAUGAUUAUUAAUUACGAGUAAGAGCAAAGUAAAGAAAGUUUAUAACCAUCUUAAGAAAUGCUAGCUAGAAAUAGUAAAACAACACUUUUAACUCAAACCAAUUAGAAACCACAUAGAGACUUAAUAUCAAAAAUCAGAAUUUUCGAAUCAAUCAAGUAUGAAGAUAUGUUGCACAAUUGAUAAAAUGUAAGUUCACAUACAAAAAAGAUUCAGAAAUCUAUAUACAAUACAACAUUUGCGCUGAAUCUAACUAUUAAAGUAACAUCUAAAUUAGUUCAUUCCAUUAUAAUUAUUCUGAAAAUCUGGUCGUAGUGAAAUAUGUAAAGAAUAUCUGUUAAAAUGCAUUUAAAACACCAGAAAACAAUUGAAUUUUACUAUUUAUUAAAUGUUCUCAUACUUGUAGUGUUAUUAAAUCAGCAUUCAAUAUUACUUAAUGAAAUUAUUUCGAUAAAUUGAAAAAAAAAAUAAUAAUUGUAGAAAGUUAAAUAAAUUAAUUAAAACUUA